AUGCUUAUCGACUGUGCAAACCACGAGCCCAAACCACGCUUCUGGACAUACUUCUCCAAUGGACCUGAAGUUGUUGCCGUCUUCGGCUACCCCUCCAAAGGCGGCGUCUACAUCCUAACCGGCUGCUUCGGCCUAGAACUGGACUUCCUUGGACUAAGGCGUUUCGAGGACAAAGAACGCUCGUCAUCAUCGGACCCUGAUAGGCAGGUUAAGGAGUAUGUGCAUUGUGGCCGGAGGGAAUUUUCCCGUAUCAUCUAA